AUAGAGAACUCUUUGUAAACACCAAUAGAUGUGAGGAAGAGAGCUUAUAACCCAUUUCUCCAAUAUUAAUAGUGAAGAUUGCUCUCAUAUCACAGCGGACAUAGGCAUCUUGUCGAGCCUUGUAUAUCCUUGCAUUGUAAUUAUGUGAAUUUCACUGUGCAUGAGACAUGGUUUCAUACAUUUGGGUUUUGAAUGUAUAAAUGUAUAUAAGCUUGCUUUCCAUAGCGGUUGCAUAUAUCCUCUGUACACAUGCAUGUGGGUGCAUGUAGAAUUUUUUUGGUGUACUUGUAGAUGUGUGCAUGAGAGAGAGAGAGAGAGAGAGAGGUUGGGGAUGUGGGAAAAAAGUGGGCAACCGGCCUAGAGAUUAUCCUUUCGUCUCAAUCUCUUGUAUCUCAUUCCAUACCUCAGAAACAUGGAGAAACAUGAUCCAAGGAGCCAUAGAUUAAGAAAUCUGUCUCUCUCACUCUCUCUCUCUGACAAACAUAACUACCAAGUAAUCUUCCCUUUCUUCCCUUUCUAUAACUAUAUAACCUCAUAAUGACAUGGUUUCACCACACCAUCCCUUCAACACUCUAAGCAAUUAAUCUUCCAUAUCUAUUGGAUUUUUUUUUUCUGUUUCUUACAAGUGAAGAUUACAAUGGGUCUACUAACACAACUACUUCCACUCUUUAUGUUGUUAUGUUCUUACUCCUGUUAUAGCAUUUUACAAGAGGAUCCAUUCUCUAAUUAUCUUGAUGAAGUUUCUGUUUACAACACCCUGGUCUAUCCUAAUUACCCUAAUUACUUUAGCACCGUCGACGAUAGAGAAGGCGAUUUCGAGUCCAUUUCGAAGAGCCUCAUGAACUAUAAAACUGAAAUUUCUACAUUGGAGCAGCUCGAUCAAGUGGGUAGUCUUGCAACUUCAGUUACAGUAGUUAAUGUAGAUGAUUAUGGAGCUAAAGGUGAUGGAAGAGAUGACACAGAGGCAUUUAAGAAUGCUUGGAAGGCAGCUUGUUCAUCUUCACCUUCUGUUCUUCUUGUGCCUCAGAACAAGAAUUAUCUUCUUAAGCCAAUUACGUUCUCUGGGCCUUGCAAAUCUGAUCUCACAUUGUUGAUCUAUGGAACAAUUGAAGCUUCAGAUGAUCAAGAAGACUACGAACAUGAUCGUCGAUACUGGCUGGUAUUUGAAAAUAUCAAACAUUUUAAGGUUGAGGGUGGUGGAACCAUCAAUGGAAAUGGAAAUAUAUGGUGGCAAAAUUCCUGCAAAGUCAACAAAGAGCUUCCUUGCAAUCCUGCCCCCACGGCCAUAACCUUUUUGGAAUGCAAAAACUUGCAAGUAAGAAACCUCAAUAUCAAAGACUCGCAACAAAUGCAUGUUGUGUUUCAGAAUUGCGUCAAUGUCCAUGCUUUCAAUCUCAUGAUAACUGCACCAGGAAACAGCCCUAACACAGAUGGGAUUCAUGUUACUGGGGCCAAAAACGUUCUGAUCAGGAACUGUGUCAUCAAAACAGGUGAUGACUGCAUCUCAAUUGUAAGUGGGUCUUCAAAGGUUCAUGCCACUGACAUAACCUGUGGGCCAGGUCAUGGGAUUAGCAUUGGAAGUUUGGGAGCUGGAAAUCAAGAAGCCCAUGUUUUAGAUGUGAAAGUUGAUAAAGCAAAACUUUAUGGAACCAUGAAUGGAGUCAGGAUCAAGACUUGGCAGGGAGGGUCUGGGAGUGCAAAGAAAAUCAAAUUUCAAAAUGUUUACAUGUACAAUGUCACAAAUCCUAUAAUCAUAGAUCAGAACUACUGUGAUCAAGAUGAACCUUGCAAGGAACAGUACUCAGCAGUGCAAGUACAGAAAGUGAUGUACAAGAAUAUUAAAGGGACAAGUGCUUCAGAGGUGGCCAUGAAAUUUGAUUGCAGCAAGACCUUUCCAUGUCUAGGGAUUUAUUUGGAAGAUAUUAGUCUGGUGAGAGAAGGAGGAACAUCUGCUGCCUCAUGUGAGAAUGUGAAAUGGACUCAAACAGGGAGUGUAUCCCCACUUUGUCCUUGAGAGGAAAGUGAAUUUGGUUUCUUUGCUAAGGUGAUUGAUUGUUCAAAGGGGUGAUGAUGUAGUAUACGUAAAAUACACAUUUGAAAGGAAUAGAGUGGACAAAGAAACAAUGAGGUAAGAUCAAAAGCCAAAAGUAAUUGGGUUUGGUUGGAUAAUACAUUGGAAAAGGAUGCCCGCCAUGCUUGUGUGAAGAUUCUAUUUCACACCCUCUCACAUUUCGUAUCAUGGAUUUCCAUAGUCUCUCUCCACGCAUUAAAUGCCCCUAUGAAUCGUGUUUUUCACGAUGCCUAUUGGUGGAAAACUGUACUCUCAUGUCGUGAAAAACCUCUCUUCGUAAUACAUAAAUAACAUUUUGGAAUUAUGACAA